GUAUCAUAUCCAGCAUUUCUCAGGGAGGCUAAAGAGAAGUUCAGCAUACCCCCUGAGACAAACAUGUAUGUGCUGGAUGACAGUGGAACAGAGGUUGAUGAAGAGGUCUUCAGCGACAUCUUGGAGGAAAAAGCAGACAUCCUGUGGACCAUUGUUAAUGUUCUUUCAGUUUCUGACUCUCCCAUCCAGUCCUCGUGCACAAACACCUUGUCACUAUCAUCACCCUCAUCAGACAGUGAUGCUUCUCUGAUGUCCCCAAAAAGACAGCGCAUUGAUGACACCUUUGUGAUGUCCCCAAAAAGUCUACAUACUGAUGACAGUUCUUCACAAGCCAAAGAGCUUGUCAAAAGAAUUCUGGAACAAAAGCCUGGAGGUGAGAAAAUCCUUGCAAAAUAUGCAAUGACAGGAGAGAUGAAGGACCGAGCACGCCGUGAUCUUGUCAGCAUUGUUGUUGCUGAAAUGUUUGAAAAGUAUGGACGUGCUCCCCCUAUGGAUAAAAGAGCACAGUAUGCAUUGGGGAUAGUAACACUGUUCCCCUCUCUAAAAGAUCCCUACUCCAAAAAAGGCUAUGAACACUUUUUUGACAUAGACAGCAAUGAGGGCUACAUUGCCUGGAAGAUUAAAAACACACAGCGAGAACUCAGCAAUGGCGGUACCAAUGGGGGUAGGAGAAGGAGCUCUCACACUACAGGCAGCAGCGGACCAAACUUAGAGAGAGAAGUGACUAAAGUGCAGCAGUUGGAGGGAGACCAGUGUCGAGAGGCCAUAUCUCUACUGAAACACAGCACAGACAACGAACAGAUCUUCAUGAAAAUGAGAGAAACCUUCCAGCACAGGCAAAAGUUGAUCCAUGAUCCUGAGCAAUGCAGUACAGUGCUUACUGUGUUCCCAAGGUUUCUUGACACAAAAGGCCUGGUGGCGCAAGACUUUGACCUGUUGUUUGGAGCUGAGACUUCAUCAAAACUCCUUGAGAAAUGGGAUUUCCUGAAGGCCAAAGUAAUAGAGCAAGCCAAGGACAUCAGCAAGACACCCCUGCUUGACCAUCUCAUCCAGUCUGCAGAGGAGAACACUGAUGAGGAUGACGAGGUCCCAGGUUGGGAUAGUGACAUGGCCUCACUGCUACUGCUGGUCUACCUACUGCCACCACCUCCAAGUGGAAAGAAGGGAGCUGUAAAGAUCAGUACCCGGGAAGCUGUGGACCAUGUAGUCAAAUUUCAUAAGUUGUCUGUUUGUCUUGCCAACGUAUUGGAGUUUGCAGGGACAUGUGCUAAGUCAUGUCGCAGCCUUCAGGAGCACUCUGGUCCAAACCAGCGGAGGCAGCCCUACAUCCUGGCAGUUGGGACGACAAGAAAGCACAUCCACGAGUUCUACAUUGCAUUGGAUGGUGAUCUCCUUCCCUGCAAGGGCAAGUCUUCCCUGUCAGCCUUUGAUGAACUUUUCAAAGCACAUUAUGUUUUCGGCAUCUCCUAUGACCAGGCCUUAAAUGGCAUGUACACAUUUGUGCAGACCACCAUCUACAACAUUGAUGUAGGUCAUUCUCACGAAACUCCCAGAGUCAAGGACCUAAGAGCUAAGCUCCUCAACUAAAGAGUUAUGAUGUUCAGAUGCUUUGUUUGCAAGUCUAGUUUUGUUACCGUUCAAAUGUUGAUCCGUCAUCUUAAAGUUUUCAAUGCCUUUUAUCCUGGUAAGAAGUUUCAGUUGAUG